AUGGUUAUACGUACGAACGAAGUGAAGGAGGCGACGGCAGCGGGUGUAGAACGUGGAGGAGAUGCAGGAGUGGCGGUACGGCGGGAGUUUCAGUUUCCGGGUGAUCUGUGGCUCCCUCGUCGUGAGAAUCGAUGCCGCCAGCCGCCCAAUAACCAUACAUCGUACGACUAUCACACCCCUGGGGGUCGGUGUAAUCGAGAGAAGCCACCUUGCAAGUAUUUCCAUCCCCCACAGCAUCUGAAGGACCAACUCUUGAUAAACGGGCGCAAUCACUUAGCGCUAAAAAACGCGCUGAUGCAGCAGAUUCAGCAGGGCCUUACGCCGGGUCAGACUCUCGUGCCCGGGCAGGUACCCGCAGUGGAGGCACCAGCACCUCCGGCACCACACCAUCACCUUCAACAGCAAAUCCAGCAGCAACUUCUCGCUACCCACGCCUUUAUGGCGACGAAUCCGUACCUGACCGGUAUGCCGCAGGUUAGCAAUACGUACAGCCCGUACUUCGCGCCCAGCCCGAUAAUGCCGGCGAUAAUGGGCCCGGCUGACCCAACGGGCGUCGGCAGUCCGCUCGGCGUGGUACCGCAGACAGUGGCGAUGCCGCAGAAGAUGCCACGUACCGACCGCCUCGAGACGGCGACGAUGCCGACGAACGUGACGGGAAUGAGUACGUUGGCUGGCGGAGUAUCAGGAGUGCCGGCAGCUGCGAUGCCCGGAGGACUUCAGAGCGCCGGUAUGGCGAGCAUCGAGCUCGGCAAGAAGCGGAUGCGCGACUCCAAUGAUGAUCUGCUAAUGAUGGACAUGAAGUCUGUCGGGUCGUUCUACUACGAGAACUUUGCCUUCCCAGGGAUGGUUCCGUAUAAACGACCGGCGGCCGACAAGUCCGGCGUGCCGGUCUAUCAGCCUACCGGUGCGACGACCUAUCAACAGUUAAUGCAGCUGCAGCAGCCCUUCGUGCCUGUGUCAUGUGAGUACACUGGAACACCACCCCUACCCACUCAAACCUCUAACCAAUCGGUCGUGCAACCCCCGAACGUGCAAAGCAACCACCACGCGAUAGUGGUGCAAUCCUCCUCCUCCCAGGGAGCCGCUGGCGCAACAGUCAAUAACUGCGCUGACGCCAACAAUGGCGUGCUGAUGGAUCCCAACAAUCCGCCGCCGCCACCUCCGACCGCUGACAAUAACAGUAACAGUAGUAACGGCAAUAACAAGCAACCGGUUACCACGCAGAAUCAUGAUGAAAAUUCGCGUAACUCCCCCGAAUUGAAUCAUUCGAGCCCAUCGUCUCUGCAGCAGCAACAACAGCAACAGCAGGUAUCGCAACACCAACAGCAACAACAGCAAAUCAACCAGUUGGCGCUAUCACCAGCGAUGAGUCCAUUGACUUCUAUGGCCAGCCUGACCUCAAUGCCUGGCAUGGUGAACAUGGCCUCGAUGGCUUCUAUGGCCUCCAUGGCAAAUAUGUCAUCGAUAACGAACAUCACCUCUAUGGGCAAUUAUAACGCUGCUUCCAAUAUGGCGAGCCUAAAUAUGCUCAACAGUCUCGGAAUGGCCUCUGGAUUACCAGCUCCUCUCGAUCCAGCGACUCUCGCCAAAGAGGUCGCCCAGAAAAACUAUGCUAAAGCCCUUAAGCUCUCGCAGGUCUCGCAGUCUUACGGCAUUGGUCAGCUCGCACUUAAUUACACUGGCGUCGCUCUAAAUAAACAAAAUCUCAUGAAUUCCGCGGCGACUCCCAGACCUGUCAUCCCGAGUCUGGCCGGUAUCCCGGGCGCCUUGACCUCACCGCUGUCCGCGGGUAUCUUGGCGUACUCCAGACCGCCACCCACAGCGACCCCCAUAAAUCCAUAUUCUCUGAUCAGGCAACAGAUCUUGCCGAAUCCAUAUGUCCAGGCCUCGAUACCCGGCGCUGCGACCGUACAAACCAAUCCCUAUGUCCAGAAUCCAUAUGCUGUUCUACCUGCAGUAGCCAGUGUACUGGCCGCAGGUGUACCGCAGAUACCGCAGAUAGGCAACCCGGCGACAAUAGCGGCGCAGCCGCAGGUAGCGAUCCCCGUCAGCUCUGGGGUGAUCAUGCAACCGUACAAGAAGAUGAAGACAUCGUAAAGACAUCCUUGCCUACCGGCUCGGGAAGACUCGUCUCUUCUCACGAAAGUGCCGUUCCUUUUUCCUUCGGGCACCUUCCAUUCUCUCCCUCGCGACGAACGAACGAACGAUUCCGCGAAAGUCGCUGAUGAUGAUUGCUGCUACCGAUCACGGUAGUGAUAUUUUAGAUAAUUCUAGAGUACCUUUACGAUUAGUGUUCAAUUGCGGGGAAUGAAGGACGAAUCGUAAAAAUUGUUACGUUCUGAAUAGACUUUCGCAAUUGUAUUUUUGUAGUUUUGUAGUUUCAGUCCGAAAUGAAAAACGCGUUUAGAAAUAGUAGCGUUUGUGGAAGUAAAAAACAUAAAAUUGAGCUAAAUGGAUAUUUGAUACAUUAGUUUACAAUAAUUACAAUAAUUACAAUGCCCAGUGCGAAUUAG